CUUGUUGUCUUUAUUCGUCGUUGUUGUGUUUUUGAUAUUUCCCUUUUGUGGCCGCUCUGCGGUUCGUUUAGAUGCAUAAAUAGAAGAUAUAUACUGUUCGUGGGUGAGGUUAGACAGAUAUGGGGAACUCGAUUUCUCCACAUAUCGAAAACGCCCAGAAGACGGGAGUAUGUUCUCUCAAGAACAGGGGUCUUGUCGAGGUAGGGUGUUGUUAAACUACAUAAUGGCUCCUGUCAGAUUUAGCUCGAGUCAACUACAUAGUUUAUCGAUUCCCCAACCACUGCUCAGGCUUGGUGCAACACUUAGAACUCUGGACCUCUCUGACAACAAAUUGAAAGUAUUGCCAUCUGCAAUUGGUAACCUCACAGGGCUCAAGAACAUGACUUUGUCUUCAAAUAGACUUGAAACUUUACCAAGUGAUCUGGGAAAAUUAAAGAAGUUAGAAGUACUAAUGCUAAACAACAACAACCUCAAAGUACUUCCUGUUGGAUUAUUCACAAAUUUGACACAUUUAAAGACAGUGUCCCUGGCAUCAAAUCAGAUUACAGCUUUUCCUGAGGAUAUGUGCUCAUUGCGGCAUCUGGAUGUGAUUGACUUGUCAGACAACAAACUGCAAGCCUUGCCUGAUGGCAAAAUGGGUCAAGUACAAGCAGUUGAACUUAAUCUAAAUUCAAAUCAAAUUUCUGUCCUGCCUGCUUCACUGGCCAGUUGCCCUCGUCUGAAGGUGUUAAGGGCGGAGGAGAAUUGUCUCACCCUCGAUGCCGUACCUAGGGAGGUGCUGACAAAGUCGCAAAUCUCACUGCUUGCUUUAGAGGGCAACCUCUUCUCUGCCAAGGAGUUACAAGAAAGGGAGGGUUAUGAUAAGUACAUGGAGAGAUUCACUGCCACAAAGAAGAAAUUUGCAUGAGCUGGUGAUCAUCUGAUUUCACAGGCAAAGCAGUUGACACUUGAUAACUUGACAAAUGUUAUGCUUUCCAUCGUCUUUCAAAUAAAAACCAAAUCAUGUGAGAGCUCUGA